AUGUCCUCCUUUUCGCUGGACGACUACCUCGACGACCUGUCGGACUACGGCUUCGAUUACUCCGACUUUGGUCUUGACGAUGAGGACUUCGACUACUCCGACUACCUGAACGAUGAUGACUUCGACUACUCCGACUAUGGCCUCGACGACGAAGACUUUGAUUUUGACUACUCCGACUAUCUCCCCUCAUCGACCAGCUCGGCUUCAUACCCUACCUCGACCAGCUACGAUUGGCUGUCCGGUGGUGACAGCGGUGAUGAUGGCGACAUCACGACCCCCAGCUCAUCUGACUACGACAUGAACCUGGACGGGACCCCUCCUAACGGAGAGGGCAGCACCAACGGCCUGCCCUCAAGCUUGGGCGGCGCGUUCGGGUCUGACUUCUCCAACCAGCAGGUCAGCGACUCGUGCGUCUCGGAGGUCGCAUUCAAGACCACAGCGCCAAAGGUAGAUCUCGCAUUUGACGUGAUCUUCCUUGUUCUCUUUAUCGCACUCGCUGUCUUUACUGUAAUCCGCCUCUUCAAGAUCAAGAGGAACGGUGGCGGCAUGGUGAAUUGGGUUCUGUUUCCGAUCUCUCUAUUCUUCACUAUCCUGUACCUCUUCCUCGACACGAUAACUCUCAUCCUCUCAGAAUGCGUCAUGAUGCGCGGCGACAAAUACUGGGAUGCCCAAACAGCUGUUCAGUGGUUCAGCAGGCUCGCCAUCUUCCUGCUGAUUGUCAUCAUCAUGCUCCCCAUCUGCCGCAAGCUCCAACAAGGAGGCGGCAUAUUCGCCACUCUGACCCUGGUUCUUCACUCUCUCUGGAUAGCCCUCACAGGCAUCUUCCUCAUCGUCAGCCUAGCACUCACCACCCGCGUCCGUGUCGGCGACCGAGACGGCUUCAAAUUGGAAAAGGCCUCCAAUGGCGUGACAAUGGCGUACUCCGUUUUCUUGUUUAUUGCUGCGUUGCUGGCCCUGGUGAACAUGGGCAUUGCGCUAGUGAAGAAGGCGAAUCUUCGGAAGGGACUUACCCUCAUUACCAUUCCAGUUCUCGCCCUCUCAACCUUGAUCCUUACCCUGAUUCUGAUGGGCGGGUUCGCGGACAAUGUCUACGGUAGUAAGAACCGCUCCGCCAAAUACUUCCAACAAUCUGGUGAUGCACAGACCUUCCUCGCGAGACUUUUCUAUGCCGUUUCUUUCGUCAGUGCACUUUUCGUUGCCGGUGCGAAUACCGCAAAUGAUGACGCUGCCCAAUCGGCGCCUUCUAUGACCCAGACCCCCAAGCCAGCAGAGUAUUAUCAGCCUCAGCCUCAACCUGUAACGACCGCUCCGGUGCCAGCACCGGCACAGCACUAG